CUCUCUGACUCCCACCGCACCUCCCCCAAUAGAAAGGCAGCGAAAAUUGGAGAGAGAGAGAGAGAGAGAGAGAGAAGCAAAGGGGGAAAGGAAAGAAGAGAGCGAGCGGGGGGAGAGAGAAAAAGUUUUUUUUUUCUCCCCACUUCGCCCGUCCUCCGCCCGCCGCCGCGCAGCCGGGCAGUAGCCAGUUCUCCGGGGGAGGGGGGGAGCUGCGGGGGAGGAGGAGGGGGAGGAGCUGUGGUGACGGCGGCGGAUCGAGAGGAGAUGCCGCCCAAUCCGACGGGGACGGAGGCCGCGGAACCGCAGCCGGGGCAGGUGGUGGUGGAGCAGGCGCCGGUGAAGAAGAAGAGGAACCUCCCCGGGACGCCAGAUCCGGAGGCGGAGGUGAUCGCGCUGUCGCCGGGGACGCUGCUGGCGACGAACCGGUUCGUGUGCGAGGUGUGCGGGAAGGGGUUCCAGCGUGACCAGAACCUGCAGCUGCACCGCCGCGGUCACAACCUGCCGUGGCGGCUGCGGCAGCGCGGCCCCGGGGCGGCGCCGCCGCGCCGCAGGGUGUACGUCUGCCCCGAGCCCAACUGCGUCCACCACGCCCCCACCCGCGCCCUCGGCGACCUCACCGGCAUCAAGAAGCACUUCUGCCGCAAGCACGGCGAGAAGCGCUGGGCCUGCCAGCGCUGCGGCAAGCGCUACGCCGUCCAGGCCGACCUCAAGGCUCACUCCAAGACCUGCGGCACCCGCGAGUACCGCUGCGACUGCGGCACCCUCUUCACCAGGAGGGACAGCUUCGUGACGCAUCGCGCCUUCUGUGGCGCCCUCGUGGAGGAGACCGGCAGGGUGCUCGCCGUGCCAGCGCCGCCGUCACCUCGCCCGCCUGAGUUGGAGGCCGAGGAGAAUGCGGACAAGGAUAAGGAGGAGGAAGAGAAGAAGGAGCUAGAGGAGAAUGAGGAUUCUCCUGUGGCUGAGGUCGAUGAAUCGCCGCACAGCCAGCCGGUGGUGGAGGCGCCGCAGCAGUGUGCUCCAUCACCGCCGCCUCCGAUACUACAGGAGCAUCAGCAACCGGUGGUGGCUGUGGUACCAAAUGCGGAUGAGCAAGAGGUGGUUGCUGAGACAACCGUGAUCGCCAAGCAAGAGGUGGAAGACGAUCGAGGUGAAGACACUUGCUUUCAUGAAGUGGAUCGAUUCAAAGACGCUGAACUGGAGGACUCAAACCUUCUGGAUAACGACACUCCGAUGCUGCCUUGUUUCCUUCCCUCGCCCUCAGAGGCCAUUGGAACAGAUGGCAGCAGCACCAGUUGCGGCACGGGAAGCAGUGUUACCAAUUCUAUCGCUCCAGCUACAACAACUAGCACGUUUGCUGGUCUGUUUGCAUCGGUCACAACAAGCAGCACUCCCCAGAGUAGAUCCCUUCGUGAUCUUAUCGGUGUUGAUCCCACAUUCCUCUGCCUUGCGAUUGGUGCGCCGUCUUCUCUAUUCCCUCAGACAAAUGCAAGUGACCCUUGCUCCUUUGCUCCACCUCCAGCACCGCACAUGUCCGCGACCGCUCUCCUGCAGAAGGCUGCUGAGGUUGGUGCUUCGCAAUCAAGCUCAUCUUUCUUGAAGGAGUUUGGACUUGCCCCUUCCACCUCAUCGUCCCCCCCAUCCAAGCUAUCUCAAGGGAGGUUCACUGGCAACACCACACCAUCUCAGCCGCCUCAAGGGAGGUUCAUGGAUAAUGCACCGCCAACCAAGCUGCCACACAGAAUGUUCACCGAUAACAGUGUACAACAGUGGCACCAUAGGAGCAAUCAGCAAAUGGAAAUGGAGCCUGGGCCGAUGCUAUCUGGCGGUCUUGGCCUUGGUCUCACGUAUGACAGUGGGAAUUCAGUGUUGCCGGACUUGAUGAUGGGACCAUCAACACUGUACGGUCCCAAGCCUGCUACUCUGGACUUCCUUGGGCUUGGCAUUGGAGGGACCAUGGGUGGCUCCACUGCCAAUGGUGGCCUCCCGGCAUUGAUGGUUGGAGGAGAGCUGGAUAUGGGGUCUGCACAGGCGCCCGCUCCAUGGGAGGAGGCCAAGAGAAAGACCAACGGCCACACAAUCCUGUGAGGUUUUCUUUUUUGUAACCUUGGGUUUUGUGCUCUGGCUAGGAGUAUCAUUCUUUCAGCCCCCGUAUUGGUAGAGCCCUAGAACAAUGUAAGAUGCAGACUUGUAAAUACAUCCGUGCUUUCUCUCC